AUUCAUUUUUCGACGACGACGAUGCGCUCGGCGACGAUGACGACGACGACGACAACAGCAAGCCAGACGUGAUCAGCGCCUUGACCUGGUGAGAAGGCGACAAGCCUGCGGGCUUCCGCAGGCCUGCGUAAACCAUCUUCCGUCUCGCAAAGCGCGGCAUCAUUCCCGACUGAGAGCGCCAGAGACCCGCAGCGAUGAGACGUGUGAGGAUCAUUGCCUCAUCAAAACCCUUGGGUGCCGCGAUGGUUUACUACCCCUCUGAACACUCCUCAGCACCGCGUCUUGUUCCCAACACUCCCAUGCGACACGAUGCCGGCGGUCGUGGCCCUGACCGCCUGCGUUCGCCGCCGCCUCCACCCCCACGGACGCCGUCGAGUGCUUCCGCUCAUUCUUCCGCGCUCUCACCGUGCCAUCAUUCCAUCCUAUCGCAGCAAUGAGCAACAAGAACAUCAUCAUUGUGCACGACGUCCUCGGCACACUCUUCUCUCUCACGAAGCCCACGGCUCUUGUCUCCUCCCUCUUCUCCUCGCAGCUAGGUGGCGAUUCCCAACCGGCUGUACGCGCUCGGUAUGCAGAGCUGGUCGUAAUGGACUGGUACCACUGUGGGCAGCGCGACUUUACCAAUCUCUCGCUCAACGGCAGCUAUACGCCCAUUGGACAGGUCUUCAAGGCGGCCAUCAAUCGCGUUCUGCUGAUGAGUGGGCUGGUCCCGCCCGAGUUGGCUGAGAAGGAGGGUGGGCAGGUCAGCGAGGAGACGCUGCGUGAGGUAAGGGCCCGGGCAGCAAAGGGGGAGAAUGUGUUUGGCGAUAUACCCGAUCAGAUGAUGGCUACUCUUCCUGCGCUGGAGAGCAGGCCGGGCAUGGUCGAGGCGUUCAGUAAGACGUACAGGAGCCAGGAGCUUCGCCCGAAGAGUGUGGGGCACGUCUCGCUGUGGGGAGCUACAAAUGGCUCACUGGAUCUAGCGGGCAAGCUCUUCAACGGUGCGCUCGGCCAGUCUGGAGUGCAGAAGCAGGAGACGCAAGCCAAGGGGGAUGGAUACAGCGUUUGGUCAUGUGACGAGAUCAAGGUGGCUAAGCCUGAUCCGCGUGUGUAUGAGGCGGUGAAGCGCAAGGUGCUUGUGGGGGACGGACUCAAGGCGGACGAUUCGAGUCUGUGGUUCGUGGCAUCCCAUACCUGGGACACCGAUGCGGCAAAGAGGGCUGGCUUCAAGACGCUCUGGGUCAGCUACGAGGAGUUUCAUCCCGUCUCAGACCUUUAUCUCAAGCCGGACUUGAUUGCUGGCGACUUGAACGAGGGAGCCAGGAAGAUUCUCGAGUGGGAAAGCCAGAAUGUCUGACGCUGCUGCAAUUCGAGCACUCUGUCACGCCCAUUAGGUCAAGGGUAGUAGAAGAUAUCUCAUUGUCUUUCUAUAGUCGUCGAUAUCUGAUCGUGUCCCUAUGAUUUGUGGUUGUCCGAUGGUAUCCAUGUAUUCUUGGAUAUCUGAUCGUACCUCUACACUCGUAGGUGUCUUUGGUGGAAGUAUUGAGGGAGUCUACGUCCAGGAAGUAGCCUCUGAGACGCGAGAGGAGGGCUUGUAUGGGCGUGUUUGGCU